AUGGCUGACCUUCGACUGGGAGGUGUCUUUGCUGUGUUUAUCCUCGCAGCGUUGGUGGUUUUACAACUACUUGCGGUACUCACUUAUGACGACCAGAGUCCCACCGCAAGCUUCAGCAAAAGCUUUAACCAGUGGAAAAGCAGAGCAAAUGAGGGCUCAGCUGAUGACAUUUUUCUGGUCGGAGCGGGCAAGGCAGAUGUAACAGGACCGGUCGUCGAGGUCGAUUUCAAUGGCUACGCUACUCUCGAUCAGCUAGGCACAGGCCUGAAACAGCGAAUAUAUUCUCGCGCAUUUAUCUUUGCAGAUCCAAACAAGCCUGAUGACACCUUCGUGUACUUGGUCCUCGAUACACUUGCGGGUGAUACGGCUGUGCGACACGGUGUUCUGCAGGGUCUGGUUGCGCUCGGCGGUGCCUAUGCACGCUACGAUGAACACAAUGUUGCACUGACAGGAACACAUUCUCAUUCUGGACCGGGAGCAUGGAUGAACUAUCUGCUCCCUCAGAUCCCGACGAGAGGAUUUGACAAGCAAAGUUAUCAAGCUAUCGUUGAUGGCGCAAUCCUGUCUAUUAUACGCGCCCAUGAGAAUCUCGCACCGGGUCGACUUUCUUUUGGGACUAUUGACGUGGAGGAUGCGAAUGUAAAUCGCAGUCCUUAUGCAUAUGAUAAUAACCCGAAGGAAGAGAAAGCACGAUACUCCGCCAAUGUGGAUAAAACACUGUCUCUUCUUCGAUUUGAUCGGCAGUCCGAUAACAAGACGGCUGCAGUCUUGACCUGGUUCCCAGUUCACGGGACGUCGAUGUACAACAAUAACACCCUGGUCACUGGCGACAACAAGGGAGUCGCGGCUUAUCUCUUCGAGCGAAGUAUAUCCGGCGACGAAAGAUUUACCGAUGACGCAGUCAUAGGGUUCUCCCAAGCUAAUGUCGGAGACACGAGUCCCAAUAUCUUGGGAGCUUGGUGCGAAGACGGCCCCGGAAAGGAGUGUCGCUAUUCAGAUAGUACCUGCGGUGGCACAAACGAGGCAUGUCACGGCCGCGGGCCUUUCUUUCGUGAAAAAGACAACGGCGCAAAGAGUUGCUUCGAGAUUGGACGUCGACAGUACUCGAAAGCCAAAGAACUCUAUGAGCACAUGGAUACCAGCCCCAUCAAACUCAACGAUGGCUCAGCGGUCAAGUCUUUUCAUGUGUAUCAGGAUAUGAAUGGCUAUAAAUUCCCUUCGCCGUUCAACUUAACUAUCUUGGAGACAUGUCCAGCGGCCCUGGGAUAUUCUUUCGCAGCCGGCACCACAGACGGACCGGGGGCUUUUGAUUUUACUCAGAACUCUUCCAGUCCAUCCGAAGGCAAUCCAUUGUGGCAAGUCGCACGUGCCUUUGUUCAUCAGCCAACACCAAAGCAGCAGGAGUGUCAAGGUGCCAAGGACGUACUUUUGGACGUGGGCACUCUGACCGAGCCAUAUGCAUGGGCUGCAGACAUAGUGGAUGUUCAAGUCCUACGCGUGGGCCAAUUAUUCAUCAUUAUUUCUACAAGCGAGGCUACAACCAUGUCCGGGCGACGCUGGAAAGAGGCCAUUGCAGCGAAUGCAAAAAGCCAGCUCUCCAUAUCCGAUCCUCAAGUGGUACUAGGAGCCCCUUCAAACAGCUACGCGCACUAUGUGACGACGGAGGAGGAGUAUUUCAUCCAGCGGUACGAGGGCGCUUCUACGCUAUUCGGACCGAACACACUAGCAGCUUACAUCAACUUGACACUCACAUACCUCCCGUAUUUAGGGAGUGCAUCAGAUGUUGCCCAGCUGCCGACCAUACAGCCUGGCCCUAGCCCACCAAUCAACACGAAUCGCUCAUUGAGCUUCGUUCCAGGGGUUGUGUACGAUGGAGCACCCAUUGGCAAGUCCUUCGGGGACGUGCUUUUGCAACCGGGGAGUGGGUCUUAUGGCCCCGGUGAUAUUGUCAAUACAACGUUCGUGGGCGCUAAUCCCCGCAACAACCUGCACCUGGAAUCAACUUACGCUGCAGUGGAGAGAAAAGGCAACUCUGAUUGGGAAGUUGUACGCAACGACCGGGAUUGGAAUUUGGAAUUAUUGUGGAAACGAACAAAUACUUUCCUCGGACAUAGUGAGGUGACCAUUCGAUGGCAGAUUGAAGAUGAGUACUAUAGUGUCGACAACCCAACACCCCUGCAGGCUGGAACCUAUCGGAUGCGGUAUUAUGGAGACUCAAAGAAUAUCCUUGGUCAGAUUUCGUCCUUCGAGGGAAUUGGCGGGACGUUCACAGUCAAGGCUUCAUAG